AUGCUAUUCCCCGAGGAGGAUGCGCCGCUUCUCAAGGCGUGGAUUGUGAAGCGCAUCGAAAACACAUCGGAUGCUGACUCUGAUGUCCUCGCGGAAUAUGUGAUUGCGCUGCUGAAACAUGAUGGGGAUAAGGAGAGUGUGAGGAAGUUGUGUGAGCAGGAGAUUCCGGAUUUUUUGACAGAAGAUCCCAAAGCCUUCCUCGACGACGUCUUCCAAGCAAUCACCUACAAAUCAUACCUCCCAGGCGCGCAACCACCCCCGAAAUCAACAGACCCUCCCAAACCAGCACAGAGUAAAAGCCCUGAAGCGUCGCGCAAACGACGGUUCGACGAGUCCGGCCCUUCGGACCACCGCGAACAGAAUGGUCCUACUGGCGGACGGGCGUUCAAACAGGCGAGAAGAGGGCGACGCGGCCGUGAGGACAGAGGGGAUAGAAACGGGAGCGGGUAUCCCGUCAUGAUGAUGCCGCCGUUUGAUCCGAAUAAUCCUAUGGAGGCGCUCAUGCAGAUGCAGGCUAUGGGGAUGCCGUGGGCGGGGAUACCUGGGCAGCAGGGUUGGGGGUUUGGUGGUGGUGGUGCUGGUGGGAGAGGCGGGCAGAGGAGGAGGGGGAGGGGGAGGUGUAGGGAUUUUGACACCAAGGGGUUUUGUGCGAGGGGGAGUACGUGUGUUUACGAUCAUGGGAAUGGGGGAGAUGGAGAUGAAUAUGAUCCCAGCAACGCGUUGAUGAGCUCAAUUCACCCUGAUACAUCACGCGGCGGGCGUAAAGGCAAACGAGGAGGACGCAAAGGUGGCUCCCGAGCACCAUUCUCCGCGGAAGGACCUAUAAACGACCGGUCAAAGAGCACUAUUGUGGUAGAGAAUAUCCCAGAAGAGCACUUUGGCGAGGACAAGGUCCGAGAAUUCUUUUCCCAAUUCGGAAACAUUCUAGAGGUCUCGAUGCAGCCAUACAAGCAUCUCGCAAUCGUAAAGUUUGACAAAUGGGCCGCAGCCAACGACGCAUACCGCUCACCAAAAGUAAUUUUCGACAACCGAUUCGUCAAAGUAUUCUGGUACAAGGACGAGAAGGAUAAACUACCCGCGUCGGUACCAAACGGCUCGGGCUUCUAUCCAGCUACAGACGAAAUGGAUGUAGAACCAGAACUCGACAUGGAGGAGUUCCAACGGAGGCAAGAGGAGGCACAGAAGCAGUACCAAGAGCGAGAAGAUAAGCGUGGUGAAUUGGAAAAGAAACGACUCGAGCUGGAGAAGCAACAACAAGAUUUGCUGGCGAAGCACCAGGCAGAGACGGAGCGGUUACGAGCCAAGUUGGCGGAGAAGAAUGGCGGUGCCGACACCCCUGGUUCAUCGGGCGCUGACAUGCUCAGAGCGAAACUAGCUGCCCUAGAACAGGAAGCCAAGAUCCUGGGCAUCGACCCAGAUGCCGAAGUAGAGUCAUCCGGAUACCCAGCCCGUGGCGCCUACAGAGGUCGUGGAUAUCGCGGCAGAUUUGCACCAAGAGGUCGCGGCGCAAUGAGAGGACAAGCAGGGCGCCAUGCUGCGUACGCACAGUUCUCAAUAGACAAUCGGCCGAAGAAGCUGGCCAUUACGGGCGUCGAUUUCACACCAUCAGACAAGGACGAACAGCUAAGGCACUUCCUACUGAACAUGGGUGAAUUCGAAUCCGUAGACACAACCCCCUCCGUAACACAUGUUUCUUUUCGGGAUCGCAAAACCGCAGAACGCUUCUACUAUACCCUCCAUGGGAAGGAAAUACCUGGUGUGGAGGGGAAAGUCGAGCUAGCGUGGGUGAGUGCCUUGCCGGCGAAGAAGGAUGAGGGUGGGACGCAGCAGGGCGAUGCGAUGGCGGGUAUGGACGAAGAGGAGGGGGAGGUGAGGGAGGAUGUUGAUGAGAGGGCUGUGAAUAUGGAUUAUGAGGUUGGCGACUAUGGGUGGGAAUAG